AUGACGUGUACAACGCUAUUUUUUGACGCAACAAAGUUUUGUAACGUUUCUUGGGUAAUUUAUUCAUUAUUUCGGCAUCAUUUAACCAUUUAGCAUCGAAUCGGAGACAGGUUUAUGUAACUGUCUGCAAACACAGAUAGUUUAUAUUCUCACUUUCAGUCUUACAUGCGCACAUUCAGAUUUUAUGGUAGAUCUUUAUUACUUCCUUAGUCAGUAAUUACGAAAAUUUAAAUUAUAACAUUUUGUCAAGUAAAUUUGUAAAAUAAAUCUUUUUUACAUCACAGAAAAAGCUACGAAUGGUUUACGAAAACCAACUAUUUUGGCCUAUUAAUCAGCCCCGGUUGUCAGGCAUUUUAAAAGUAUACAUUUGUUUUUAUCUGCAUACGUUAUAGUGAAGUGAGCGACUGACUGAAAUAAUGCAAAUGUUUAAUUGAAUUAGUUUCCAAGUUCUUAACAGGUUAAAGAAUUGUAAAAAUGGAUACUACAGAGCGGCCGAAGGAGCAGACGACACUGCAGAAAGUGAUAAAAACCAUCCUUCUCGUGGUUGUCUGGUCAUGCAUUGGUAUGUGUUUGGAAAUCACUGGCCCGACAUUAAUCGACCUGAAGAUUCGGAUAAAAACGGAUUAUGAAUCGAUUUCUAGCGCCAUAUCUGGACGCAGUGCUGGGUUUUUUAUAGGGUCGGCGCUUGGAGGUGUGCUUGUGGAUAGGCUUGGCCUCUACUGUGACCUUAUGGUAGCAAUCUGCUUGGAUUUAAUGGCGGUUUCUGCAGCUUCCGUUCCCUGGGUACCAAUGACAGAGCUAAUAUUCUUCGUUAGCCUUUGUGCCGGAACGUUUGAAGGUGUUAUAAAUAUCGCUGGCCAGAAACUUAUCAUUAACAUGUGGAAAGAGAAUUCAGCGUCGCCAUUACACAUCCUGCAUGGCGGAUUCGGCAUUGGAUCUUUCAUCAUACCAUUAAUCGCAAACCCUUUCCUUGCCAAACCUGCUCCAGACGACAAGAACGAUACCUUCGGAAAUGUAUCGUGUGAUUCUCAGUGCGAGGUAAACUUUACGACGACACCGGGACCAACCACAACAACAGAGAAAAGGUAUUUGGCGGACACUUCUAGAAUUGAAUACGCAUAUGGUAUUGCAGGUUUAAUAGCAGUCGUAGUUUCAUUAGUGUUUUACACUUACCACUUUUUCGGCAAAAAGGAACGACAAAUUAUAAGGAAAAGCAUGGAAAACGGAACAGGGAAUGACAAAUCAGACACUAGAACUUUGACGUUCAAAGAAAUGUUCAAUCCAGCCACGUGUGCAGCCGGUCGGUUUUUGUACGGGGUAGAAAUUUUUGUUCUUGUGUUUCUGUUUUUCAUGCAAGCCGUUGGAGGAGAAAGGGUCGGGGGCAAAUUCAUACGCGCGUUUUCUAUUGACUACCACCACUUUUCGAGUGAUGAUGGCUCGUAUAUCAACACUGUGUUCUGGAUUGCAUUUUCCUGUGGCAGGGUUGGUGCCUUCGUCGCGGCAAAAUGGAUUCCAAUCAGAAUAUUGAUCUUGAUUGAGACAGGUGGCUGCCUUGCCUCAUCUAUAGCAUUAGUCUUUUUGGGAACUUCUGGACCAUUAGCUUUAUGGGUAAUAAUGCCUAUUUUAGCUGUUUUCAUUGCGCCACUUUUCCCAUCUGGAAUAGGUUGGGCUAAUUUCCAUAUAGAAGUCACUGGUAUUGCCAUAACAGUAUUUUUACUUGGUGGCUCCAUUGGGGGUUUAAUUUACAUGAAGUUAAUAGGGUUUUUGUAUGACAGCUACGGUCCGAAAAUGUUCCUAUACACUCUGCUUGGAUACGGAAUCGCUGUUUUUGUUCUUGCUGUUUUAAUGGAUGUAGUAGGUGCCCAACAUGGAAGCAGAUUUGACAAGAACAACACAUUGGACAACAAAGAAGUAGAAAUAAAAGAAGUAUGGUCGACAGAUACAGCGGAAAACGAUCAUAAAUUGAAUGGUUCUACAUUGGACAAUGGUUACGAAAAGAUUGCAGUGGACAACUAUUCCAGUUAUAAUUCAUAUGAAACAUUUACAACAAAGCAAAAGGAAAAUGAGAACUUUCCUGUGAGUGAAAGACUGUGAUGUUUACAUGCUAUAAACAACAGAAAAACAACAACGGAUUUACGCAUGAUUUCAAUGUAAUGUUACCAAAUGUGCAUUUUAUAUAUAGGUAUUUGGGAUGGCAACGGUUAACUGGUUAACCGAGUACUCGCUCGGUGUUCCGAGUAUAGAAAUAGUACCGACUAACCUCUUGGGUGUUGUUUUGCCCAUUCUUGCAUAAAAACUACUUUUUUUCACUGCCCCAACAUUGUUCGUACUCGUUUCUUCCCUUGUUUACUCCCAUUUUAGAACUCUGCGUCAAUUCAGAUUGUGUAGACAACCGUGAAUGUUAAAGAAUCGCGUGUUUCCCUGUGCGAUUCUUUGUUUUUAGGUAUCAUAUUUAUGAUUUUGGUAAGUAUCAGUCAGUAUGUUUUUAUCAAAUUUCUCGAAAAAUUUAUAUAAACAGCUUGGAAACUUGUCACUACGUUACUCCAACUGCGUGUCCGUACUCAAUAUAACUCGAAUGUAAAGUUAUUAUUCUUGAAACUGUGAUCGAGUCCACCAAAUUGUGAAAUGAUAUGAACAAUUAUUGGUAAUUUUAUGUUUGUAAUAAUGAGAGAUAAAAAAUCGCUUAAAAACCUUCAGGAUGUGCUUUUGAUAGUGUUUUUAUUUCCGGGCCCUGGAUACGGAUAUUUUAAACAUGUUUACCGUUUCCAAGAACAACAGGAAUGGUAAAUAAAAAAUAUACCGCACUCGUCAAGUCAUCACAUAUGAAAACAAUACAUAAAUCGUCGUGAAAUAUAUUUUUAUGCAAGAAUAGCGACAAUACACGUUUGUUUUGUGUAUUAACGUCUGCAGAAGCCCUUGGGAUAUGUUUGUGACCUGGGUGUUGUUUUGUCCAUUAUCACUAUAGACAGAAAUUUAUUAGCACAGUGACUUCAAAACUGUAUAAAUAUAUUCAUGGGUGAAA